GAAGUCUCACGGCCGGAGUUGGUGGUCCGGGAACCCACGUGGGCUGGGUUUCGGGUUGCUUUGGUGGUCCGGCCCGCUGGAGCGCUCACCCGGGCUUAGUCGCCAUGGGGAAGCUGCGCCGGCGGUACAACAUCAAGGGGCGCCAGCAGGCGGGUCCCGGCCCCUCGAAGGGCUCCCCCGAGCCGCCCCCCGUGCAGCUGGAACUAGAGGACAAGGACACUUUGAAGGGAGUUGAUGCAAGCAACGUGCUCGUUCUACCGGGGAAGAAGAAAAAGAAGACCAAAACCCCUCCGCUGUCGAAGAAGGAGAAGAAGCCUCUGACCAAGAAGGAAAGGAAAGUGCUGCAGAAAAUCUUAGAACAGAAGGAGAAAAAGAGCCAGCGAGCAGAGAUGCUACAGAAGCUGAGUGAAGUCCAGGCUUCCGAAGCCGAGAUGAGACUCUUUUAUACCACCUCCAAGCUGGGCACUGGGGACCGCAUGUACCACACCAAACAGAAGCCUGACGAGGUGGUGGCCCCAGGCCAGGAGAAGAUCAGCAGCCUCAGUGGUGCCCACCGGAAGCGUCGCCGCCAGCCCUCAGCUGAGGAGGAGGAGGAGGAGGAGUCGGAGGAGUCGAAGCUGGAGGGGGAGCCAGAGCUGGACGAGGACCCGGCUGCUGAGCUGGCUGAGGCUGGUGCGGGGACCACCGUGGCACCUCUGCCGCCAACUCCAGCACCCAGCAGUCAGCCCGCGCCGGCUGGGAUGCCUGUUCCUCCUCCUCCAGCUGCAGCACCCCCACCCAGGGCCCUGGCCAAGCCUGCUGUCUUCAUCCCUGUGAACCGCUCCCCGGAAAUGCAGGAAGAACGGCUGAAGCUCCCAAUUCUCUCUGAAGAACAAGUGAUCAUGGAGGCUGUGGCUGAGCACCCCAUUGUCAUCGUGUGUGGUGAGACUGGCAGCGGGAAGACCACACAGGUGCCUCAGUUUCUCUAUGAAGCAGGCUACAGCAGUGAAGACAGCAUCAUCGGUGUCACGGAGCCCCGCCGAGUGGCCGCCAUGGCCAUGUCCCAGCGAGUGGCCAAGGAGAUGAAUCUGUCCCAGCGGGUCGUCUCCUACCAGAUCCGGUAUGAAGGAAACGUGACAGAGGAGACCAGAAUCAAGUUCAUGACAGAUGGUGUGCUGCUCAAAGAAAUCCAGAAGGACUUCCUGCUGCUGCGGUACAAGGUGGUGAUCAUCGACGAGGCCCACGAGAGGAGCGUGUACACGGACAUCCUCAUCGGCCUCCUGUCCCGCGUUGUGACUCUCCGGGCCAAGAGGAACCUGCCACUCAAGCUGCUCAUCAUGUCGGCCACGCUGCGGGUGGAGGACUUCACCCAGAACCCGCGGCUCUUCGCCAAGCCGCCCCCGGUCAUCAAGGUGGAAUCCAGGCAGUUCCCAGUGACUGUGCAUUUCAACAAGCGGACACCACUGGAAGACUACAGCGGCGAGUGCUUCCGGAAGAUUUGCAAGAUCCACCGGAUGCUGCCCGCAGGUGGCAUCCUGGUGUUCCUGACGGGGCAGGCUGAGGUGCACGCGCUGUGUCGCAGGCUCAGAAAGGCUUUCCCACCCUCCAGAGCCCGGCCACAAGAGAAGGACGAUGAUCAGAAAGACUCAACGGAGGAAAUGCGGAAGUUUAAGAAGUCGAGGGCCAGGGCCAAGAAGGCGCGGACCGAGGUGCUGCCCCAGAUCAACUUGGAUCAUUACUCGGUGUUGCCGGCAGGUGAAGGCGAUGAGGACAGGGAGGCAGAAGUGGACGAGGAAGAGGGGGCCCUGGACUCCGACCUCGAUCUGGACUUGGGGGAUGGCGGGCAAGAUGGAGGUGAGCAGCCGGACCCCUCCCUCCCACUCCACGUGCUCCCGCUGUACUCUCUGCUGGCCCCAGAAAAGCAAGCACAGGUCUUUAAGCCUCCACCGGAGGGGACUCGGUUGUGUGUUGUGGCCACCAACGUUGCCGAGACGUCUCUUACCAUCCCUGGCAUCAAGUACGUGGUGGACUGUGGGAAGGUCAAGAAGCGUUACUACGACCGCGUCACCGGCGUGUCCUCCUUCCGUGUCACCUGGGUCUCCCAGGCAUCAGCUGACCAGCGAGCGGGCAGAGCAGGACGGACAGAGCCCGGCCACUGCUACAGGCUGUAUUCAUCUGCGGUUUUUGGUGAUUUCGAGCAGUUUCCUCCUCCAGAAAUCACCCGGAGGCCUGUUGAAGACUUAAUCCUUCAAAUGAAGGCUCUCAACAUUGAAAAGGUCAUCAACUUCCCCUUCCCGACGCCCCCCUCCGUGGAAGCCCUUCUUGCCGCCGAGGAGCUGUUGAUCGCACUGGGUGCCCUGCAACCACCCCAGAAAGCAGAAAGGGUGAAGCAACUGCAGAAGAACCGGCUGAGCUGCCCCAUCACUGCGCUGGGCCGGACCAUGGCCACGUUCCCCGUGGCCCCCCGCUACGCCAAGAUGCUGGCGCUGAGCCGGCAACAUGGCUGCCUGCCCUAUGCCAUCACCAUCGUGGCCAGCAUGACGGUGCGGGAGCUGUUUGAGGAGCUGGACAGACCAGCAGCCAGUGACGAGGAGCUCGCCAGGCUGAAGAGCAAGCGGGCCCGGGUGGCCCAGAUGAAGAGGACCUGGGCAGGGCAGGGGGCUUCUCUGAAGCUCGGCGACCUCAUGGUGCUGCUGGGUGCCGUGGGAGCCUGUGAGUAUGCCGGCUGUACGCCCCAGUUUUGCGAAGCCAACGGGCUGCGGUACAAAGCCAUGAUGGAGAUCCGGCGCCUGCGGGGCCAGCUGACCAGCGCAGUCAAUGCCGUGUGCCCAGAGGCUGAGCUCUUCGUGGAUCCCAAGAUGCGGCCGCCCACCGAGAGCCAGGUGACCUACCUGCGACAGAUCGUGACGGCCGGCCUGGGGGACCAUCUGGCCCGCAGGGUCCAGAGCGAGGAGCUGCUGGAGGACAAGUGGAGGAACGCCUACAAGACCCCUCUCCUCGACGACCCUGUCUUCAUCCAUCCCAGCUCCGUCCUUUUCAAAGAGCUCCCCGAGUUUGUGGUGUACCAGGAAAUCGUGGAGACCACCAAGAUGUACAUGAAAGGCGUCUCUAGCGUGGAGGUCCAGUGGAUCCCGGCCCUGCUGCCCUCUUACUGCCAGUUUGACAAGCCCCUGGAGGAGCCAGCCCCUACCUACUGCCCCGAGCGGGGGCGGGUGCUGUGUCACCGAGCCAGCGUGUUCUAUCGCGUGGGCUGGCCGCUCCCCGCCAUCGAGGUGGAUUUUCCAGAGGGCAUUGACCGCUACAAGCACUUUGCCCGGUUCCUGCUGGAAGGACAGGUCUUCCGCAAGCUGGCCUCAUACCAGAGCUGUCUGCUGUCCAGCCCCAGCACCAUGCUGAAGACGUGGGCCAGACCCACAGAUACCUCCCCCUUCCUGGGACUGGCGGAGCCUGUGGUGCAGGGGCUUGGAGCACUGGAGGCAGACCUGAAGGUGCAGGCUGCAGCCCCGGACGGAGAGCCUCCUGCGAGCCCUGGUUGCAGAGAAGGCUGACUGCCGUGAAGCCUUGCUGGUCGCUUGGAAGAAAAACCCCAAAUACCUCCUGGCCGCGUACUGUGAGUGGCUUCCACAGGCCAUGCACCCUGAUAUCGAGAAAGCCUGGCCCCCCACCACUGACCACUGACCGGACACCUGGCUGGAGGGCCGAGGACUGGAGAGCUGGCAGCAGCCUGUCACCCUGCAACCGUCACCGCCUGGCAUGGGCUUCAUGGCCUGCUCUCAGGAAGUAGGUCAAACCCUGGCAACCCUCGUCCAUGAGAACUCGAUCCUGUAUGAAGCGUGCUGCUGCCCGUGCCAUCCGGCCUGGGGGUGACUUUUUGAACUGUUUAUUACGUGGUGGAUGAUGAUUUCAUCUCACGUGCUGGACGCUGUUCUGUUCAGUGUGCUCUUUGGACUACAUUAGUCCCCUGUGGAGCAGCAGGGCUGGAGGUCUCUGCAGUCCCUUCCCCACCCGCCCUACCAGAAGGCCAAGGAGGCACGUGGAAGGCUUAUCCUUCCUGCAAUUCUUCCCUCUAGAGUCAGGGAGGGCCGCCCAGCCCUGGCCUCACAACCAUCCCAGAUGUUAGGUGAGCCACUGAGCUCUGCGUUGACCUUGAGGGGCCCAGCUCGGGGCCCCCAGGCUCCAUGCCUUCUUGGGAGGGUGGACACCAGCACCUUUCCUGUGUUACGGCUGCAGGGACUGGGCAUCUCGUCUGCCUGUGGUCAGCUCUCAGACGGCAGGGAGCGGAGCUGACCUUGGCCGUGCUUGGUCACCACUGCCAUGCCGCAGAGGAUGGGCCUAGCUAGGCUGGGGCCACAGGACUAUUCUGUCGGCCUUGAAUAGGGACUGCAGAACCCUCAGUUUGUCUCCCUUGUUCCUCUGUGGCCGAGGUGGGAGGGGAAGGGUGGGGUAGGUCCCCCAGCAAGAGAGACAGGAGCACCCCAGACAGGACCAAGGAGUCGGGAGGCCCCUGCCCUUCUGUCCUCCAUGGUGAGGGCGCAGACGUCUCCCCAGAGCCCAGCGCUCGCAGGAUGGAUUCCGCUCCUGGCUUUGGUUCUGCGGCUUUGGUGGAGACCGUUAUGGAAUAAAAUGUUCCUUGCACCCAGAUUAUUUUGUGGAAUGCACUUGGGGAAGGACACCCAGGUGGCGAGUGUGCUGUCGCGGGACGUGGCCUGGUGGCCGACCUGCCUUCCCAGUACUGCCAUCUGCUCUAAGGAGGCCUCUCCUCGCUGGGUUUACUUACCUCCCUGGCUGCUCUCGAAGCCCGAGCAGCUCCCUCUCCCCAUCUGCCCCAUAGCCGAGAAGGCAGCCCGGCCCUUCUCACUCCAAGUUCCUCCCCAGGAGCCCAGGGCAGGGCCGUGAGCCAGGGCCCUGCAGACACGUUUGCUUAACCCGCCCAGUGAUUAAGGAAGACUUGAAUUCCUCACUAACAUGUAGAAUUGAGCUGUUUCCCACUCAAAAGUCCUGACCUCCAGCUUUCCCACCGCACAUGGGCUGGCAAUUCUGAGAUGAAAGCGGAAGCCAUCGUUCCCACCGCUGUCUCAGGCGCCGGGGCAGCCUCCUCAGGGACGUCCCUGCCUCCUCAUCGCACUCCACAGCCACAGCAAAGCGUCCACAGUUGUAAUUAGGUGAUGCUUUUUAAAAAAAUGUUAUGUAAUUAACGUACCAUAAAAUUCACCAUUUUAAGGUAUACAGUUGCUUUUAGUAUAUCACAGUUGUGCAACCAUUACCAUGACCUGAUUCCAGAGCAUUUUUAUA